UCCCUGGCAGCUGGUUAUUCUCAGCCACAAAUUACUUUCCCCUCUCAAUUUAUUACAGCUAUUUUGAGAAACUUGGUAGGCAGGGGAGCCUGUGAAGUAGGAAAGCCACCAAGGGACAGGUCCAUGGACCCGGUACGGAUUGCGGUUGUGGGGGCAGGCGUGGUGGGGCUCUCUACUGCCAUGUGCGUUUCCAAACUGGUCCCCCAAUGCUCCAUUACUGUCAUUUCGGACAAGUUCAGUCCUGAUACCACAAGUGACGUGGCAGCCGGAAUGCUUAUACCUCAUGUUUAUCCAAACACACCCAUUCCCACGCUGAAGCAGUGGUUUCAAGAGACCUUUGAUCACCUGUUUGCAAUCGCCAAUUCUGCAGAAGCUAAAGAUGCUGGUGUUCAUCUGGUAUCUGGUUGGCAGAUAUUUAGGAGCAUUCCUGCUGAAGAAGUGCCAUUCUGGGCUGAUGUGGUUCUGGGGUUUCGAAAGAUGACCACGGCUGAACUGAAGAAAUUCCCCCAGCAUGUGUUUGGUCAUGCCUUCACGACUCUGAAAUGUGAAAGCCCUGCCUACCUCCCAUGGUUGGAGAAGAGGUUAAAAGGCAGUGGGGUCCUGAUACUCACCCGGCGAAUAGGAGACCUGUGGGAGCUUCAUCCAUCCUUCGACGUCGUGGUCAACUGCUCAGGCCUUGGAAGCAGACAGCUUGCACAAGACUCGGAGAUGUUCCCCAUGCGGGGCCAAGUGCUCAACGUUCGGGCUCCCUGGGUGAAGCAUUUUAUCCGAGAUGGGAGUGGGCUGACAUAUAUUUAUCCCGGCACAUCCAAUGUAAUCCUGGGUGGAACUAGGCAACAAGGAGACUGGAAUCUGUCCCCAGAUGCAGAAAUUAGCAGAGGUAUUUUUUCCCGGUGUUGUGCUCUUGAGCCCUCCCUCCAGGGAGCCUGCGACAUAAGAGAGAAGGUAGGCUUAAGGCCCUUCAGGCCUGCAGGUGUGCGGCUGCAGACAGAGUUCCUCGCCCAGGACGGCCGGAGGCUGCCCGUGGUCCACCACUACGGCCACGGGAGCGGGGGCAUCUCCGUGCACUGGGGCACUGCUCUGGAGGCAGCCAGGCUGGUGAGUGAGUGUGUCCAGGCCCCCAGGACCCCCACUCCCAAGUCAAACCUGUAGGUGACAUGACAUGACGGCAAAUGGCCCCAGACACUAUGGAUCGAAACACAAUUUAAGCACCAGAAUGGAUUCCAAUAACUUUUCCACUGCAUGAAAAGUUAAUGAGGUCUAUCUUUGUUUUCAAAAUUAGAAGUGAUGCAAUAUGAAUCAGUAGCCUGAGACUGGUACUCAUCUGUAGAACUAGACUCAAGUCUAGUGCUAAUGACAUAGAGCAUAAAGUUCUGUUUUUGUUAAAAACACUUGUUACAGAAUAAGAUUUCUCUCAGACCUGGCGUUCAAAGAUCUGUGCUAAUUUUCAUGGAUGCUGGAAGCUGUAGGGAUGUUGAGGUUUUGGGGGCUAAUAAAUCCCCAGGAAGAGACAAUGUACGGAAAACACCUAACUCACUGUUGCAAAGCCGCCCAUGAUGUUUGUAGGUUGCACUCAAGGGAGCAUUAUAAUCCCUCUAAAUAAAACACACAGUGAUCGUGUGGCA